AUGGCUGAAAGAGCAGCCUCACCGACAGAGCAUGCGCCUGUGGUUGAUGAACAGGGCUUAGCACAGAGGAUCCAACAAGUCUUCGAUCGAUUUGAUAAAGAUGGUGGUGGAUCACUUGACCGGAGUGAGCUGUUGUCGGUGUUCAAGACACUUUGUCCUAACUUCACCUCCAAGCAGGUCACACAGUUUGUGCACGAACUGGAUCGAGGCGGUGAUGGGUCGGUUUCUCAUUCCGAAUUCAUUGCUUGGAUCAAAAAUGGAAGUGGUGCAGCCACUGAAGUUUACCAAAUGAUUCUCAAAGAAACUGGGGAUGCAAUGUCUGCUCGUGUCAGAGAAGUCUUCCAGAGGUUUGACUCAGAUGGCGGUGGAUAUUUAGACAGAGAUGAACUCGCACGAGUUUUCCGGAUGCUGAACUCAGAUUUUACAUUCAAAGACAUUGACGCCUUGUGCAAGGAUCUGGACAGAGGUGGAGAUGGAAAGGUAUCUCAUAAAGAAUUCCUACAUUGGCUGAAGAAGGGCAACGAACUGACACAGGCAGUUAGCAGAGCAAUCUUGAGGGAAACUGGUGAGGCAAGGGAUGAGCGCAUCAAAAAGGCCUUUCAAACCUAUGAUGCAACUGGUGAUGGAUCGUUGAACAUCGAGGAAUUGCGAAAAGCACUCAAGGUGCUUGGAACCUUUUCAGAGGAUGAAGUCAAGAAAAUUUGCGCAGACCUGGACAAGAGCAAGGACGGCGAAGUCUCAUAUGCUGAGUUUGCAGCCUGGAUCAAAUCCGGCCAUGGGCCAAGAGAAGCCAUGAAAGCAAAGGCCAUUUUGGCUCCGGCAGAUAAUGACGGCCUCGAAGCUGUUUUUUACAACUUCUGCGGAGUUGGUCAUUCUGAUAUGGAUGGGAAAGGUUUCAAGAAGCUGUGCCAAGACUGCAGCCUCAUUGACAAGAAGCUGGACACCACCAGUGUGGAUCUAAUUUUUGCUGACAACCGUGUGAAAGCUCGGGGGACCAACCGGAUCGAUUUCUUUCAGUUUGAAAUCGCAUUGGAGCUCCUGGCAGAGAAGAAAGGCACCAACAAGACCGACGUGCGAGCGGCCAUGAUCCAGCAGGGUGUCCCCAAGACAUCCAAUGCCACCGUGGCUGUGAAGACUCUGAAGGUGGUGAGACCUAAAGACAAUGCAAGGCUCAUCAGCGAAAAGCGCAUUGCGGCUAUCCUUCGAAGGUCUCCACGGGAACUGGGGAAAGAGACAUGGAAAAAGGAGGUGGACAAUACGGAUUUGUGGAAAGUCUUCGGUCUGGACUCAAAAGCAGGUGCAAAUCUGACGCGUUUCUUCACCAUUUGGGCCACUCAAUCGCCAUGGGCGGAGGUCCAACAAGGAGGUCGCACUGUGGGCCGGACUCGACCCCACCAAGGUGGCGACAAGAAUCCGCGAUGGGAUGACCCUCCAUUUGUGGUUGACCCUUCCAAAGGAGAGCUACAAUUCCGGGUGCUGGUGCCCUCCAGCUCGGUGAUGGGUCACAAAGAAGUACUGUGCGGAGAAGGUGUAGUGGCCAUUCCAGAUCUACUUCGUCAGCAGAAUCAGUUCAUGCUGCCGUUGCACAAAGGAGGUGAUCCGACUGGCUUCUUGAGCUUUCAUUGGCGAGAGGCUCCGAGCCGACAGGCCCCUGGUCGACCUUCGCCUGAGCGGCCUGGGGAGCGGCCUGAGCGGCCCUAUGGUCAACCAUUGCCUGCAGCGCCUUAUCCCCACCCUGGGCAACCUAUGGGUGAUCCUGCUGGGUAUCCCGCUAGACAUCCGGCUGUGGCUCCUGCGCAGCAGAAUGCUUCCUAUGGCAUGCCUUCAGCGAGCCCACAAGCGCCGCCUUCGCAGCCUCCGGAAGCAGCAAAGACUCAGCACAGGGAGGUAGAGGGCGGCCCACGUGCAAGGCUGGGCCUUAGUGAGAGAGGCCGUUUGGAGGCCAACCGCCUCAUGAGCAGCAAGGACUCACUUCGCUUUGCGGCGCUGAGGCCUUUCAACCGUCCUGAGAUGCUGGGGCGCGCCCAGUUGACUUUUGCCGAAUUUAAAGAGGCCUUCUUGAAGCUUCAAGAGGAGUUGGAGGUUGUGGACAAGCCGAAUGACGAUGCCAUGAGGAAGCUAUUUCAGAAACAUAGCAGUGGCCAGCCUGACCCGAAAACAGGUUUGGUUGGCCUGGGAAGAGAGGAGUAUGAAGCUUUACUCUUCCGCAUGCUUACGUUUAUGCUUGCGAGUGGGGAGGUGGAGGUGGAGUCACAUAGCCCCAAGGCUGGUGAGGAGCGAGACAAGAGGUGGCGAGAGGAGUUCUUGAAGAAGAACUCGCAGAGGUUCCAGGAGGUCUACCUGAAAGGUCGGAAGCUGGGCGAGGGAAGCUUUGGGGUAAUCCAGAAAUCCAGUGCUGACAAGGCCAAGACCUCUCAUCAGCGCGUGCGGGAAGAGUUUGCUGUCCUCAAACGCCUUGAUCAUCCACACGUGGUGCGAAUCUUCGAAGAUUUUGAAGAUGAGCAGUGUUUCUAUUUGAUCAUGGAGCCAUGCCGCGGAGGGGACCUGCUGGAGCGCUUGUGUGCUAGGCGGAUGUUGAAGGUCGAGAGCCCAGACAUGACUGAGUUGAACCGUGAGGCAGACAAGACCUCCGUGGAGCUUCGUGCCGAUGAGGUGUUGCUUUGUGUGGCGCUGGCUGUGUGUGCAGGCGGAAGCCGGAUGACGCCCGGGGAGACCGUAGCCCCCCCGCAGCUUGACUUUUCGACGAAGACGGCGGAGCUGGAUAGUUGGUACGCGGUGUCCCGCUUCACUGUGGCAGCCGGCGUGCUGCUGCCUUGGAUCAGCAGCAUCUCUUCGCAGAAGGUCUUCUUGCGCGCCGCGGAGUGUGGUAGUUGGUUGGCAUUUGGCUAUAUCGGCCAGGCUGAGCCGGCGAACGCGCCGCUCCGCCGUCGACCUCCUUCUCGCCUGCAGGGCUACUUGCGCGAGAUGCUAACAUUUUAUCGGAUGCUUCCUGAUGAUGUGGCCCGAGCCCAGUUUGAGCAAAAUGUGGAAUCGUUGAGGGAAGCGGUUCAGGCUUUGUUGGAGCAUGUGGGCGCCAGACUUGAGACAUUGCCUCACCUUUGGCGGGCAUGCACAGUCUUCCGGCUGGCUUUGGCCGAAAUUGGUUUUGAUCAUGAUCAGCUCAACAGUCAAGUCGCAAUCGUCUUCGAGCCCUUCGCCGUUCCUCCGGAUUCUGAUGGACAGUGCGAGCCUGAAAUUUGCAAGGUCAGGGAGACUUACCUUCAACUUCGUGGCUGUGGUGUGGAACUAAGUGUGAUGGUGGCCUUACCCAGACAAAGGCUUCGCAAGUGCUUCGGAACUCCUUUGGAGGGCUCCAACAUGAAGCCGCAGAAGCAGAUGAAGAAGCCAGCCAAGAGAGAGGCCAGCAGUUCAGCCAGUGACCCAUUUCAGAACCCCGCCACUGUUUGCGUCGAGAAGUUUGGCAAGAGCAAGUGGCCCAAAUUUGGCUUGUUAGAAACCUCAAAAAAGGGUCGCGUAAUUGUGAAGUCUUUUGCUUUGAAAUUGGCAAAAGCAGCCAAGCUACAGCUGAAAGUCUACAAGCGAGGGAGGUUUAUAGCGCCAGCUGCAGGGGAAUGGUUCAGUGGGCUGCCCACUCAUUGGACCUCGACCGACCGCGGCCUUGUGUCGCCUGCGGCUUUUGAUGCUGCUUUUCCCGAUGCUCGGAAGGUCUGGCCCUAA